UCUGGAUGAUGAUCCUUGAAUCUCAACAGGACUGAGUCUGGCGUUGUCAGGGCAACGCCCAAACACUCGACAUGGCGUCGCUUCUAACAGAUCCGUUGUUUGAGACUUGUGGACGGGGUCCUCCGCCAAUUAAAGAUUAUUACCACUUUUUUGUCACCAAGUCAGAAAUAAUAUGGAGAUGGUGGAAGAUCUCCCCCAGAACGGUGGACAGACACAGCAAGCCCGGAGAGGUGAAGGAGUCUCUCAGCGACUUCUUGGAGGACCCUGAUCUACAGAGAGAAGUCAGAGUGGUUUUUGGAGAUCAUGUCCUGGAGUUCACCAUCGCUUUGUGCGAAGGCCGUUACAAUUAUCUUGAUCGGUUGUCCGACCCCCUCCUCCUACGGAUAAUAAACUUUCUGGAGCUGGAGGAUGUGGAUCAGCUUGCACAGACUUCACGCAAGUUUCAGCAGCUGUGUGGGUCAGAGGAGUUCUGGGAGAAGGCAAUGCGUCGCCGUUGCUGCAGCAUUUCUGACGAAGUGGCAUCUCUGGCAAAGGAAAUAGGCUGGCGCACCGUUUUCUUCACCAACAAGUUACAUCUGCAGAGGCUGCUCAGCCGCAGGAGGCAUUCAGCUAGGGAGCAACAGGAAGGCACCGGCACCGAGGACGUUACAGAGUCACGGGAAUCUUCCACUGAAAGCUUUGAGGAAAUGAUCGCUGGUAUUAGAGCUGAUCCAGACUCUGACCAUAAAGAGCCACACCUUGACAGCACUGAGGUACAAGUUGACAACAUUGAUCCACAGAUUGACAACAUCUCCACCCGUGAUGCCGCCUCUGGUUCAGAGGGUGGAGUAUGAUUCCAUUAAACUCCUUUGCUGACCGCUUUAAGGACAACAUCCAGUUGUCUGAGAUUGAGAAUUUCCUCCAAACAGAAAGUUGUUCAGGGGGUGGGAGGGAGCACAAAGCCAGUCUGACUGACAAAAGCCUUAUUUAAAUUUCAGUUGAAUUCUUAUAGUUGUAUCAUUAACAUGUGUGAUUAAAUAUCUGGUUAG